AAGCAACCUGGUUGAGCCGGAGGCGAUAGUUCUUCUUCCCCAUAGAACAGAUGCCAUAGUUGAUCUGAGUGAUCAAAAAAUGAGGACAGUUCUGGAAAUAUAAAUAGCGAGACCCAGGCCACCUCAGUUAGGUCCAGUCUUUGGCCUUGCUCAUAUCUUUCCGCCAUAAUACCGAUGCUAUUGGACCAACUGUUCAAAUAGCGUCGGUUUUAUUUGGCUUGGAAAAAUGACGGCAGAAACGGGUUUUACCCCCACCGGGUUCCCUUUUGCGUUAGAGAGGACUCAUUCGUGGGUAUGGGCUGUUGGUGCUGGGGCAGUGGUGAUAUUCGUGCUCUAUCUUACACAGCGCAUUGCUCAUGGAAGACUCGCCUACGCUCAUGGAUGUCAAGCACCCGCACGGUAUGCCCACCGGGACCCUUUCCUCGGAUUGGACUCCUUGCGAGACUCUAUGCAGGCGAGGAAAUCCGACAAAUAUUUUCGAAGAGAGCAGCAACUGCACCAAGUAUAUGGCAACACAUUCAUGUCGCUGCUAUUAGGCAGCUGGAUGGUGAAUACAAUUGAGCCAAAGAACCUUGAAGUUCUCUUUUCUACUAAAUUUACCGAUUACGAGGUUGGAUUCCGACGUCGGAAUGCAUUUGCUCCCCUGUUUGGCAACAGCAUCUUUCAGAGCGAUGGAGCGCGUUGGCAAAAAUUACGAUCACAGCUACAACUAUGCUUCUCGCGGGUACAAACCUCUCAGUUGGAUCUCCUGGAGCGUCACUGUCAGCGUCUCCUGACAGCCCUUCCUGCCGACAACCAAAACUUCGAUUUGGCCCUUUUCCUCCAUCGCUUUGCUGCCGAUGUUUCAACAGACUUUCUUUUUGGAGAAUCAAUCAAUUCUCUCGAGAACCCCCGGAACCUGGACAGCGGAGCCUUGAAGGCUUUUGCCGACACCCAUAGCACUUGCGAGCUUCGAUGGCUACUGGGAUCCAUGUCAUGGAUCUGGCCUCAGCGUACAUUCAUGAAAAAUGUCCGCUUGACCCACCGCUUCAUCCAACGAUACGUUGAUGCGGCGUUGCAACGGGAAGUCGCGCCACCAGCAAAAGUUUCAGAUCAACCAAACGAGCAGCGGAUUCUGUUCAUCGACCAACUUCGACAACGAACGCAGGAUCCCACGGCACUUCGGGACGAGCUGACAACAUUAUAUUUUGCAGGGACGGAUGCCCCUGCCGCUUUGCUUAUCAACUUAUUCUUUGUGUUCUCCAAAAGACCGGAUGUGUGGAAUCGUGUACGCUCCGAGGUCCAGUCUCUAGGAGGGAAACUACCCGACCUCCAACAGCUUAAGGGCCUCCGAUACGUGCAGGACUGUAUUCGCGAAUGUCUUCGCCUUUAUCCGCCACAACCCUCCAAUUCCCGUGUUGCCGUACGAGACACCAUUCUUCCCGUUGGUGGUGGUCUAGAUGGAAGCUCGCCCGUGCUAGUGCCGAAAGGUAUGAUGGUUCACCUUUCAGUGUAUGCGCUUCACCAUCGGAAGGACCUCUGGGGUGAGGACGCGGAUGAGUUCCACCCGGAACGAUGGUCCUAUGAAAAGCAAACAUGGAAAUAUAUCCCGUUCCUCGGCGGUCCCCGAAAUUGCGUAGGGAUGGACUUUGGUCUAAAUGAAGUUGCGUAUGCCGUGGUACGAAUGGCUCAAAACUUCAAGACCAUCACCAGUGUCGAUCCAGACGAAUGGGUGGAGGGGUCUAGCAUCGCGCUGGAGUCGAAAAACGGCGUUAAAGUGGCCAUGUGCAGGGAUUGCCAGCGAGGAGAGACGUCUGGGAGGGUCUAGAUAGACAUCCCUCCUGUAAGAUAGAUAACAUGACGAAUCUAGACACAGCCAUAUGUAACGUACCACGCAUGGGAAUGCCUCCGGUACAGUGGUUGGACGGGUAUGAUAAAUAUGACUCCACUGUUGACACUAAUGCCGGAUAUAUACAGCUAAAAUGCACCUAGUUUAGUGCUGACAACUUCAGUACGGGCCUUCUUAUUCGCGGAUAUUAAUGCUCAUUGAAAGCCUCGUGUGAUCCAGCCCCCACGUGCAAUAUAUUGUGUAGAAAAGUACUGAAGACUCAAUGAG